AUGUCAAUGUUGCGAUCGCUAGUGUAUCGCUUGAUCCCGCAGACUGCUGGACACUGGCACAAAGGAGAGCAAGGUCGUGUGGGUGUCGUUGGCGGGUCGUUUGAAUACACCGGAGCUCCGUUUUAUGCUGGGACUUCGAGUCUCAAGACAGGAGCAGAUUUGUGCCAUGUUUUUUGCGUGGAGGAGGCCGCAGUUCCUAUUAAAUGCUACAGUCCAGAACUCAUCGUGCACCCGCUGCUGCGAUCGGACGCAUCGCUGGCUGGGGUUGAAAAGUCGAGACGCUUUGGUGUCUUGUCUGAAGCAGUCGAGAGGAUCGCGCAGGUGCUGCCGAGACUUGAUGUCUUGGUAAUUGGUCCUGGACUCGGAAGAGAUGCCAGUGUGCACGAAAUCGCUCGACAAAUUAUUGGUAAGGCCCAAGAAGCCAAUGUGCCACUGAUUCUAGACGGCGACGCUCUUUACUUGGUCAGUCAACGACCAGAUACAAUAAAGGGCUACACGAACGCGAUCCUUACGCCAAAUGCAAUGGAGUAUGCGCGAUUGUGUGCUACAACUCGCCUGGUGCCGGACGUUGAUAUCGCCAAGGCGGCGAAGAUUCCGCCGGCUGAACUUAGCAAAGCCUUGGGUUAUCCCGUAGUUAUUCGAAAGGGAAGCGUGGACACUAUCUCAGACGGGACGAUCACGGUGGAAAACAAAGAGCACGGAUGCCCGCGUCGAUGCGGCGGUCAAGGAGACAUAGUCGCUGGGUCUAUCGCGACGUUUGUGGCGUGGGUAAAGCACGCCGAGCUAGCCGAUUUUGAAGGCAAUCCACUAUUGCUAGCGGUAUACGGAGGCUCUCUCGUGACACGGGCCAGCUCGUCUAUUGCUUUUGACGAACACCAACGUUCUAUGACGGCGCCUGACGUAUUGCACUGCAUCGGCAAAGGGUUCGUCAAGGCAUUCGCUCACUAG